AUGUGGAGCACCACGAACAAGCUGAAAUCUGACGCCAGCCUCUUGGAGAAGUACAUGUCGCUGGAGCAGCCGGCGGACAAGGUGCAGGCGAUGUACGUCUGGAUCGACGGCCAGCAGGGCCUGCGCUCCAAGACGCGCACUCUGCCCGCUGUCCCGGAGAGUCUCGCCGGCUAUCCCAAGUGGAACUUUGACGGCAGCUCCACGAACCAGUCGGAGGGCAGGAACUCCGACGUUUAUCUCAACCCAGUGAAGGUGUACCGCGAUCCGUUCCGAGGCGAUCCCAACAAGUUGGUCCUCUGUGAGACCAUCUCCUUCGACGGGAAGCCAACAACGAGCAACACUCGUCGUUCCUGCGAGCAAGUGAUGAACCAGGUGGCUGAUCAGGUGCCGGUAUUCGGCAUUGAGCAAGAGUACUCUCUGCUGGAUGGAACACACCGCAAGACCCCUCUAGGCUGGCCGAUUGGCGGCAACCCCGGCCCCCAGGGCCCCUACUACUGCGGCGUCGGCGCCAACCGAGUGUUCGGUCGCGACGUCGUCGAGGCUCACUUCCGCGCCUGCAUGUACGCAGGUGUGAACAUCUGCGGCUCGAAUGCCGAGGUGAUGGCCUCGCAGUGGGAGUACCAGGUUGGAAAGUGCGAAGGCAUC